UCUUGAUUGCACUCUUUUCCGCAUUUGUUCCUAGUUUUCCAUUCUGUAACUUUAGUUGUAUUGAUUUCUUUUCAAUUACUAGGAUAUCACAUGUAGCAGGUGGUCGUUUUGUGUGGCCGUAGGACAAACGACGUUGGUAUACGCCUCUCCUCUCACCUCAUUCUGGAAAGACUCGAAGAAAGUUAGCAUUUGUUGCUAACAGCUGUUUUGGUUUCAGGAGAGUACUGUUGUUGUGAGGCAGCCAACAAGGCACAGAGUUCAUGACUGACGGCCGAUCAAAGGAUGUAUCCACCUCCUAGAAAGGACUUUGUUGCUCUGACGCUUACUGACCAAGACAGUAACACCUACAACAAUGGCAAACACCGGAGACAGUCCUGCUGGAGGAAAUGGAAGCAGCUGUCGCGUCUCCAGCGAAGCCUCAUCCUGUUCCUGUUGGCUCUGCUUCUCAUAUUAGGACUGCUCUCUUAUCCCAGCAUCACAGACCAAUGGCAAGGAUUGUCUGACAAGGAGGAAUGGCUGGAGCUGAAUGAUAGAGGCCUGAAGCCUGUGUUGAACACAGCUGGAGGUAAAGCUCCAGCUCCUGUGGUAGGGCCACAUCUGGAGCAAGCUCAGGGUCCAGAUGCUAUCGCAGAGCCCAGAGUACCAGAAUUUCCAGUUUUGGCCAAACCUCCAAUAAAGAGAAAACCAAUUUUAAACAGAAGAGGUCCUCCGAGCCUACAAAAAGAUGGAAAUAUGUCAGAUACAAUUGGUGGAGAAAAGCAAGCCCAAAAAGUUCAAGAUGAAGAAGAGGAGGACAAAGAGAAGAAAAUUGUUAGCUGGAGAGGAACAGUAAUAGAAGCUGAUCAGGUUACAGAGGCUCCGCCCUCAGCCAUUGAGAAAGAACCUGCAGCAGCCCUUGGACCCACCAACCCGGCCAAACCCACUGCCUUUGCCCCACUAGAAGCUUCACCUGAGGUAACAGACAGAUUGGAGGCCGUGCGUGAUGCCUUCAGACAUGCAUGGAAAGGAUAUAAGGACUACGCCUGGGGUCAUGAUGAGCUCAAGCCCAUCUCAAAGUCUUUUGGUGAAUGGUUUGGACUGGGUUUGACUUUAAUUGACGCUUUGGACACCAUGUGGAUUUUGGGCCUAAAAGAAGAAUUUGCAGAAGCAAGGGACUGGGUUGAGAAAGAGCUGUCAUUCAACAAGAAUGUGGACGUGAAUCUUUUUGAGACAACUAUCCGUGUUCUUGGGGGACUGUUAAGCACUUACCAUCUAACAGGUGACCCGAUCUUCUUGGAGAAAGCCAAAGACCUUGGGUCCAGAUUAAUGCCAGCCUUUAAGACACCAUCGAAGAUCCCUUUCUCAGAUGUUAACAUUGGGAAGGGAACGGCACAUCCACCAAGAUGGACAUCAGAUAGCACCCUUGCUGAAGUCACAAGUAUUCAGCUGGAAUUUAGAGAGCUGAGUCAUCUCACGCAGGAUCCCCAGUAUCAGGAUGUUGCAAAUGAGGUAAUGAGGCUUGUCCACGACCUGCCUGGCAAGCAUGAUGGCUUGGUGCCAAUGUUCAUCAACACCAACAGUGGCCAGUUCACCCACAAAGGAGUCUUCACGCUUGGUGCCAGGGCAGACAGUUACUAUGAAUACCUCCUGAAACAAUGGAUUCAGGGAGGCAAGACGGAAGACACUUUGUUGGAGGACUACCUUCAGGCAAUAGAGGGAGUGAAAAAGCACCUUGUAAGACAGACGGGGCCCAGCAGGUUAACCUUUGUCGGAGAGCUGUCACACAACCGUUUCAACCCUAAAAUGGAUCACCUGGUGUGUUUUCUGCCAGGAACUUUGGCUCUGGGGGCUCACAACGGUCUCCCAGGGGACCACAUGGAUCUGGCUGUUCAGCUGAUGGAGACUUGUCACCAGAUGUACAAACAGAUGGAGACUGGCCUAAGUCCAGAGAUUGCACACUUCAGCCUGCAGUCCAGUGACGGCCAUGAUGUCGUUGUCAAGCCUGCAGACAGACACAACCUGCUGAGACCGGAAACAGUGGAGAGUUUAUUUUACAUGUACAGAUUCACCAAGGACACCAAGUACAGAGACUGGGGCUGGGACAUACUGAAGAGCUUCAAUAAGUACACAAAGGUUCCUGAUGGCGGCUACACAUCCAUUAACAAUGUCCGUGACCCAGUCAACCCUUUGCCCCGGGAUAAGAUGGAGAGUUUCUUCCUUGGUGAGACACUGAAAUACUUGUACCUGCUCUUUUCUGAUGACAUGGAGCUACUAAGUCUAGACAAGUACAUCUUCAACACAGAGGCCCAUCCUCUUCCCAUUUGGCCCUCUCCGCCUAAGUGAUGUCACAGUACAGGAGAUGUCUUUAAAAACUGACCCACACAGUCUAGUGUCUCUCUGAGCCACCAUCCAAGCUUGUGACCGCUGUUUGAACCAGUGUGGCAGAUCUGUGCUGUUCAGCUGGACUUUGAUAUGGGGAGAAGUUCCACUUUUGUUAUUAUUUUUUACUUUUUUGUUCUUGUUGUUUUUGCUGUUUUUCCUACACAGAAUGUGACAGAGCUGGCCUCUAGAUAAAGACUAUGAAAAACUGAUCAGGCUGGCUGGUACACUUUGUGACUUGUGUGAUUGGACUAAUUCUGUAUUUUUUCCCCCUUAACCCUUAAUUUUUUGUUUAUAUUAAAAUGUUAUAUCCCUGUAAUGUUAAACGCAGGGUAUUCCUAAUACUGAACAUGAUUUAAAGCCAUCUUGUAUAUAGUAAAAGUUACCGUAUCACGGCCUAUCCUUUAAUUUGUGUACAGUCUGUUAAAGCAUCUUUUCCUCCUAAACAAGAUAUGAUUUUAUCAAAAGCUCUUAUCUGGAUUUGCCAUCAGACUAAAUAGGAACAAAGUAACAGGCUACACUUCUGUUUUCAACCUAAACAAUCUAAAACACUCUUUGACAAAGACCCAAAUAAGGAACACAAAUGUAACACUUCUUAAUUCUUUGGAUUAAGGUCAGUUAACUCUGCUGUAUUGUAAGGAUACCGUUCUUCAUUUUUGUUGAAUUAUGAAUUAUUUUCAUAAUUUUCAUUAUCUGGGAUUUUUACAUCAAAUCUGCAAAGAGGCUUAAUGUUUAACAUUCACAUUUUAUUACCGACAUCUUGUAAAUGUGCAUAAAAAACAAAUCAGCAACAGGCUAAUGUAAAUAUAAGCACUCUCUUUUUCAAAAUGACAGGCUUUUCAAGGAUAUCGUAAGUUGUUAUCCGUCAUUGUUGCUUAAAGUUCUCAAAGAGAUUUCAAGUUUGGAGCUUGAGCCAGAAUCUGUUCCAGGUGCUAAGUGUAGUUGCUACACUGUGGCUGUUCUCUAAUUUAUUAGUUUUUCCUCCUUUAAACCAAUAAAACAGUUGUUUUGAAAAAAAAUUCAGUUACUGGAAUGACAGCAGAUCAUAUAGACAGAAUAUUCAUUUUACACAUGCAGCAGCUGUACAUGAAGGAAAGUUAGUUAGGUGAAACUGAACUUUAGUUCCUUUUCAUGUUUUUAUGUCUGUCUUUUUUCUGUUUAAUGAUGGAACCAGUUAUGUCCAAAGUUGAGUUUAGGAAAGUUCACGUAUCAUGGGCAGACAAGGAUUUUGUACAAUUUCUUUCAAACUUAACAUUUCAAUAUGCAUUAAUAUUGCACAGUAAUGUGUUCAUUAUUAUGCUCUGUAAAUGUACUGAGAGAUAUAAAGAUGAGGUACAGAUGUGCUGGAGGUCUUUAAUUCAUAACUUCAAAGAUAAUGACAGUUUGUUUGUUCCAACAGUGAAUGUAAACCUUUUCUCUUCUUUUUUUCUAUUUAGUUGCUCCAUAGAUCCACCAUUCAUAUGUAUCUUUCGUAUGGUUUUGUUUAUAUCCAUACUUGUUUUCUGUCAUAUGAAGGAUGAAUAAUAAUGCUGCCAUGCAGCUUUAUGUUAAGUCAAUGAAUUUGAAUGAAAGCAAAACAAAAAAACUGUUCUAAUAGUUUUUUUCUGUAUCAGGAAAAAUAUGUGAUAUCGUAUUAAACAGAAUAGCCUUUUUUCUGAAAAUCAGCUUUGAAAAAGUGAAAUAUUCUGAAAAUAAUGGUCUUUUUUAAAGGUUAAAUUUUAGAGCUUGACUGAUGUAGGUGAGGCCACUUACUGGGAACUGCAUUUAGAAUGUGAAGUCUGAUUAUUACUUUCAGUUAAAGCACCAAAGUUUGCCAUAUGUAUCUGCUGGGUGGUCUCAAAGCAAUCAAUGAAUUUCUGAGUGUGAUUGUUUGACCAAGGAACCUGCUGGGUCCCCCUAAGUUAAGGUAUCAAUCAGCUCUUUCCCCAUUUUCCAGAUGUUGGUCAAAACCUCUGCAGUACUGUGUUAUCCUCUAUGCCUAUUCAAAGCAAAGUGUUCUUCAACUGACAUUCACACACUGCCUUAUCCCAGUGGAGCAGUGGGGAAGGGUCAUGUUUUCUUGCAACCUGGGGCUGAGAUCUGGGGGAAUUUAGAGUAGAAUUUGAUUUCUUUCUUUGUAGCUUCCCCUGAAUCCUUGCUGAUCCUGAAGCUAAAUGAGAGGGCUGGUCUUUCACAUCAGUCAUUUUAUCUUGUGUAACACAGACGCUGUUUUAAAGACGGUUCACUCAAACUUUAUAUUUUUAAAGACAAUUUAAUUCCGUCAAACCUUAACUGAAACCAUCUUCUCUUGACUUGGCCCCUGAGAGCCAAACUAACCCCCAUCAUAGAACUUGCAUCACAUUUGCAGACACUAUGCUGUGCCUACUUACAUGUAAAUAGCGCAAUGGUGGUUUGGAUUUGCUCCAUAAUUGCUAAUGCACCAGUGAUGUUUAUAUUUUAAGAGAAAAGAGUGUAAAUAUUUGAUAUGUUUGUUUCCAGCCGAGUAACACUUUUGCUGAUUACUUCGCCUUUUCUGUUCUUUGUAUUCCGGGCCGUCAUGAAAAGAUACGUUCAGUAGUGCUCGAAGUGAUUUAAGCACAGUCCACUGUUUUUUUUUUUGUGUUUUGUUUUUUCAGCACACAGUUUUGCAAUCCAUCCAGCAGUUGUAGAAAUAUAAGUCUGAAGACAUCCACACAGCCUUGCGGCAAGUGUGGAUAGAAAAAAUAUGUCUUGUUUUUUAAUUUAUUUUCUGCUGUAUAUAUAUCCUGUAUUAUAGCUGUGCUUUAGUUUAAAUCCUGCUGUUAUGUUGUGUGAUUUAUGCAAUUUCUUUUUCUCUGUGACCAUUAGUUGUAUAGCUUAAAAUUUCCAAUGCACAUAUUUUUUAAAACCAUUUUUCAAUUCUAGAUGCAGAAGGAAAAGAUGCCAGAAUUACACAUUUAUCGAUCAGAUAUCUUUGAGAUUUGAAAGUGAUCUAAUGCAUGAGUUUGAAAUGUUUUCUAUUACCAUUGACUGUUAAUGUACCUCACUGGAUUAUCAGUUUGGACACUUCUAUCAAAAUUUCCCAACUGCUCGACCAAGCCUCUAAUGGCUACCAUUCCGAUAAUCCACUCAUAAAAGUUUUUCCACAUCAGAGUAGAAACCACAAAAGGGUCCCUUUCGGAAGAUGGAAAAAUGUCAUGCUUUAGAUAAAGAACAAUAUUUGAGAACUUUUUUUAACUUCUGACAUGACGCAACAAAAAUUGAUUAGAGGAAGAUGAUCAUGAUUGUGGUUGUCCGGACUUUGAUGGUUACCUUCAGAAUAUGUAAACACAACAUGUUAUAACAAAACUUUAGCACAUUAUUAGCUAUAGCCACUGAUAUAGUUGUUUGUUAAAUGAUGAAUUAUGAUUUAAAAAGGUUGCAAAAUGGUUAUGACUAAGUCUAAAAUUGUUUUUCAAUAAAAUUACAAAGAUCGACAUAUUCUGGGGAACGAGGGUAUUCUUUCUGACAGGCUCUAUUAAAAAAAUAAAAAAUAGUCUGAAAGAGAGAAAUGUUUGAAUAAAAAUACACCCCUGUUUUUAGAUGAAUGUUAGUUGCAGACCUCUGAAUUUUGCUGCAUAUGAUAUCAUGCUGGAUUUAAUCACAACAUGAUUAAAACAGACAGUAACAUUUCUCCAAGAUUAUGCUAGGAUAAUGUUUAUAUGUUUCAAUUGGAAGUAAAAAAUGUGAAAAUAGUGAAAAUAAAGCAACCUGUUACCUUAUUUGUGCCAUUCAGUCCCAUUUCUUUUUAUUUUAUUGUAGUCUCUUACUGAUGGUACCAAAACAUAGCAUGACAUAGCAGAUUUAUUUUUUAAGCCAUGGUUUAAGACACAGUUGACGCUCAGUAUAGUCAGUGGUGUGUGUGUGUGUGUACGUUUUUGGAUAGCAGUUGGGCUCAUUUGGCACUGAUAAGAUAUUAGGCUUUGGAUACUUGAGCAAGUUAAAAUUUAAGGAACUUUCUGACUCAAAGGUUUUUAUCGACUUUCUGGGAUUGUUUAUAUAUGUGGUCUAAAAGAAUUUUGGUGGAUUUGUGCAAAAAUGUUCUAAUGUAAAAUAAGUGUGCAGGUUAUUAAUUUAUAAAUCAUAUGUGAGACUUGGAAAACCAAAUAUUCACUUAAUUCCCAUAAGCAACAUAAACAAUGGCAUAAUGCGUAUGUAACAGAUUAGAGAUGCAUUUCAGUUGGUUCCCUGAUAGAAGAAUACUAUCAAACCUAAAAUACAGUCAGUGCAAGUUCAUAUUCUUAACUUUGAUGUGAGAUGUACCAAAUGCACAUCUUUCAGAAAUUACUUUUUGUCUUUAUAAGCUUUCUGAUUUUUAUACUUUCACAAACAAAGACAUGUUGGAACCUUUAAUUAAUAGUAACUAGUCCAGAGAAAUUCACUUUUGCUUACACAGCAAUUUUUUGGUAUUGGAACAUAAAAAUCUAUAUUAAAAAAUUUUUAUAGAACUACUGAAAAGUCAAGAUUUACACUGCAGCCUUGUUAAGUCUGAUCACAUUAGCAUACAUCAAUAAAGUUAGCCCCAGACAACUAUUAUAACAUUAGCUAAAUAGAAUAAAAAAAAAAAAGAAUGGUCUUACAUUCUUAAUGAAAAUUAUGUGUGGGCUCUUAAAGUGAGAGGGAAAUUGUUCUGUCUGUCUUACAAAAAAAAAGAAUGGCCAACAUCUUUAUUUUAUUUUCUUGGCUCUCUGGAUAAGUAAAGCACAAACUGUAACAGUAUUGUGGAACAUACAGCCCAUUAAAUUGUGAUGAAGGGUGCCAGGAUUGGGUAUAAAAAGUGGGAGAUCUGAUUUACACAGGGAAAAACCUCAAUGUGUAUAGGCAAAGGAUUUUAACCACUGUCUGAAACUCAAAUUGUCAAGUUCUCUUUGAUUCAGAGGAGAAUCAGAACAAAAAUAACUGCACACUGCUGAGUAACUGAAAUCUUGUUUCAAGAUUAUAGAUGCAUAUUUUCUAAAUAAACUGAAGUCAGUCAGUGGAUUUAUCUUGUUCAUAUUUGAUAGGUUGAACCUCACUAUGAUUUACAUGUCUACAGCAUUUUAAAACAUUUUCUGACUUGAGAAUGAGAGGUUUUAUUUUAUUUUGUUUUUCUUAUUUAUUUUUAUUUAUUAUUCCUCCUUGACGAGUAGGCAGUGUUUGCAGGCACACUGGAAGCUAAUCUUGUUAAAACUUUUGGAGUUUUUCUCCAUUUUAUAGCUCAGGUUGUGACUUGUUGUAAGUUUCUCUGAAAUGCCAUCCUUUUUGUGUCCACAGAUUGUUUUUCCAAAAAAUAAAGAAUUUCAUUGAAGCUUUAA